ACGUCUUUCUUUCAUAAAUUGCCCAGUCUCAGGUAUGCCUUCAUUAGCAGCGUGAAAAUGGACUAAUACAUGAGGUUACCUCUGGCAUCUCUGUGAAGAGUCCAGCAUUGACCCUGAUGGUUGUCACCUUGAACACAGGAGACCAGUCCCUCCCUGCACACUCCCUCAGCCCUAUGAGUUACUCUCCUCACUUUGCUGCUUCCCAUUCUUGGCGGUAUCUCUGGAGAGAAUCCUGGCUCUAGCAAUGGGGCUAGGAAUGGCCAUGGGGACAGGCGUCACGGUUCUUCCUGGGCCUGAUGGAGAGGGGUCUCGGUUCUCUGGAUUCCUGAAGGGAUGUGGAGCAGAUUCUCAUCAUGCUGUGGCGGGGAGCCUGUGCUAUUCUGACAGCCAAGAGGAGAGGACAUCCUGAGAUAACCGCAAAUUCUGGGAUGCAGGCUGCCUGAGGAAAUGAAGCAAACACACACAAAUACACAAAGACAUACAAAUAUACACACACACACACACUUACACAUACGUGCACACACACAUCCUUCUGUGGGUAAACUCGUGCUUUGGGUACUUUGGGCAGGAGAGCAGGGGCGUUUUAUUCUAUCUGUCAUUGCCUGCAUGCCCCAAUGCUGGAAGCACACUGAAGUCAUUUCUCCCCCUUCAGAUGAUCUGAAAAUCCCUGUUUCAGUUCAUUUCGAAAAUACCCCUCACCCUCAACAACAGAGGGUUAUUCUGCAGAACUCAUUCUUUAACAGCAGGCCCGCUGCUGCUCCAGCUGCAAUUCUUUUCCCCUUCAUGAAGGCUGCCAGGAAUGAAAAGGGGAGGAAAAAGAAGUGGGUGGUGGCAGGAGGCUGGGCCAGGGAAGAGUGGGACCCCACAGGCUCCAGCCUGAGGACUCCUCUCUCCGCCUCUCUCCCCUGUUGUGAAUGCUUCUGCUGAAAGCCGCUGGGAUGUGUGGCAGGUUCCUGUGGCGGCUGCUGGCGGAGGAGAGCCGGCACUCUACCACCGUGGGGCGCCUCCUGCUUCCCGUGCUCCUGGGAUUCCGCCUUGUGCUGCUGGCUGCCAGUGGGCCUGGAGUCUAUGGCGAUGAGCAGAGUGAAUUCGUGUGUCACACUCAGCAACCGGGCUGCAAGGCCGCCUGCUUUGAUGCCUUCCACCCCCUCUCCCCGCUGCGUUUCUGGGUCUUCCAGGUCAUCUUGGUGGCUGUACCCAGCGUCCUCUACAUGGGUUUCACUCUGUAUCACGUGAUCUGGCACUGGGAAUUAUCAGGAAAGGGGAAGGAGGAGGAGACCCUGAUCCAGGGAGGGGAGGGCAACACAGAUGUCCCAGGGGCUGGAAGCCUCAGGCUGCUCUGGGCUUAUGUGGCUCAGCUCGGGGCUCGGCUUGUCCUGGAGGGGACAGCCCUGGGGUUGCAGUACCACUUGUAUGGGUUCCAGAUGCCCAGCUCCUUUGCAUGUCGCCGAGAGCCUUGCCUUGGUAGUAUAACCUGCCAUCUGUCCCGCCCCUCUGAGAAGACCAUUUUCCUGAAGACUAUGUUUGGAGUCAGUGGGUUCUGUCUCUUGUUUACUUUUCUGGAACUUGUGCUUCUGGGUUUGGGGAGAUGGUGGAGGACCUGGAAGCACAAACCUUCCUCUUCUAAAUACUUCCCAACUUCAGAGAGCACCAGAAGACACAAGGAAGCAACCGAUAGCCUCCCAGUGGUGGAAACCAAAGAGCAGUUUCAAGAGGCAGUUCCAGGAAGAAGCUCAGCCCAGGAAAAACAAAGACCAGUUGGACCCAGAGAUGCCUGAGUUGGAGAUGAACUUUGGCCAACUUUCCUCAUCACUAUACUAAAAAUCCUGCCCAAGGAGGAGCUUAACCAUUUUCUAUACAUGUGACAUAUGUAGAAGCAUGACCGACAACUGGGACUGCGCUGCCUUGACUCCACCUGUACAUACAGUGACUCAGCUAACCAGACUAAUAAAAGCCAUGUUUGCACCGUUGCUCAGGGAGGCAAUGCUUUGGGGAAUUAUUCCCAGUGUCCUCCUUACUUAUUGCAAGUAAUAAAAUCCCCCUGGGAAAUCCUCCUUGGUUGUGAUCAUUGGACUUUCACCUGCCAAGCAAUUUAACCCAUUCAUUGUGUGGGUAAUGAAAGGCCAGUCUGGGACAUGAGAACUGGGCCCAUAGUUUAGUUCUCAAAGUCUUUGGCAUGCAAUUUAGGAUGAGAUUCAUCAUACCUAAAAAGGGAGAUAGUCUCAACAGAAUUCUAAAAUUACUUAAACAUCAGAGGCAGUGUAGAGAAGGCGUACUUGGUGGUAUGGUAGGUUUUCUGACAGGAAACAAAAGAUGGAGGUAAAAUGGAACCAGUCCUUUCUUUCUGAGAAUACUGCAACAUUGACCAUAGCAUGAAGCCAAGGCUAUAUGGUGAAUAAGCUCCUCCUUGGGCAGGAUUUUUAGUAUAGUGAUGAGGAAAGUUGACCAAAGUUCCUCUCUCUGAAGUAAGAAAUGUAAUAAAGGAAACUUUCAGAAAUAAUAGAUCAUCUGGAGAUGUUGGGCAGUGUAUUUGGUAAGUUAUAACUACCAGGUAUCAAUACAAUAAGCUUAGUUUGAAUACAAUAAACUUAGUUUCUUUUUAAAGAAUUUAUCCUGCUCAAUGUGUUCUCUGAGAUCCUUGGAUUGGUUUGGUGUCUCACAGAUUUUGGAAAUUCUCAGCCAUUAUUUCUUGAUUUGAUAUUGAUAUUUUCCCAUCAGUCUUGGAUGCUGUGUUCUGUUUCUGUGACUCUUUUUUUUGUGUGUGUGUUUCAGGAAUUUCUAUUUACCUACCUUCAAGUUUGAUGUUUUCCUCAACUGUGUUGAGUCUCCUAAUGGGCCUAUGGAAGGCAUUCUUCAACUCUAUAUAAUUUUUUUUUUUUUUUUUGAGAUGGAGUCUUGCUCUGUAGCCCAGGCUGGAGUGCAGUGGUGCAA